AUAUCUUUUCUUUUGUGGCAACGACAGUGAACGUGAGUUGUCUAUAUUAACACAUUGCGAUGACCAAUUCAAAGGGUUACAGACGUGGUACGAGGGACUUGUUCUCCCGCAAGUUCCGUAAACAUGGAACUAUUCCUUUGUCUACAUAUAUGAAGACGUAUAAGGUCGGCGAUAUUGUGGAUAUCAAGGGAAACGGUGCUGUACAAAAAGGUAUGCCGUAUAAAGUCUAUCACGGCAAGACUGGCCGUGUGUUCAAUGUGACAGCACAUGCCCUGGGAGUAAUUGUGAACAAGAGAGUACGCGGACGUAUCAUUGCCAAGAGGAUUAACGUGCGCAUCGAGCACUUGAGCCAUUCCAAGUGUAGAGAUGAUUUCCUUAAGCGCGUUAAGGAGAACGAGAGGCUCAGGAUGGAGGCAAAGAAGACAAACGUUCGUGCCCAACUCAAAAGACAGCUCUAAAGCUCACAUUGUGUCAGGACGUGAAGCACCUAUCUUGCUUGCACCUGUUCCAUAUGAAUUUAUUGCUUAAAAUAUUAAAUAAACUAAAAUUUUCGAAGUAAA